AUGUCGUCUAAACAAGAAACAAGUCGUCUCGGCGGAAAUGUGAAGGCUUCGCAACCUCAAAGCUUGGGCAAUCCUAUGUCCAAGGCGGCCCAACAGAAAAAGGGCCAACAGCAACAGGACUUGGGACCAACCCAGCUCCUAGCCGAACAUAUGGACACCAAGGGUAAUCCUGUCCCUGAUAGCCCCGCCGGCCCACAGAAAAUUGAUGAUAUCGAUGUUUAUGAGGCCAUGACCAAGGACUUUGAUUAG